AAUCGGCCAAUACCAUGCACUCCGCCAAUACAUUCGUUUCCAGUCUUGUCCGAAACAACCGAAACCUUUAUUAUCUAUACAAAAAACCGGGAAAUUUCGAGAAUAUUUUUACAUGUGAACACGUUUAGAUCAUUCAGUGCAAUAUUUUGAGAAGAUGAUUUUUUUUUUUUAACGACGCGAUUAUAGGCAACAGCUGACGAGGAGCUGAUCUGAUAAGUCUAAAAAUAUUCUCCGUAGCUCCGGCGUUUCUGUUUUAAUAACCGUUGCGGACAAACGGUUUUCUCUAUGGGCUCUCUCACUUUCUCAGUUUCUUUUUGACGCCCGCCUGUUCUCGUUAUUUUCCGCGGUUGGCUGUUGGCGUUCGCUCCACACAUCGAUACAAGUCGGUUUUUUUCUCCGGUCUCAUUCGACCGUGCGCACAGUUUUCAAUAUUUUAUCGUUACGCGAUUAUACCGAAUUUGAAAUACUCAACACGAUGGCGAAAUCGAACCUCCGGGCCGACAUGUCAAUGUCGUCGAUCGCCGACGCAAUGUCUAAAAUCUCCGCGAGUCCUGAAAUCACGGACUACGUGGACGGAUACGAAAACCCGGUGGCGUGGUACAGGAGGUACAAAGUGCCCCGCGAUAAGAUGACCAACGACGUAUUGUUCGACAACAUCGACAUGAGAGAUAUCACUCUGGCCCAGUAUGAUUCCGGCGACAAGCCGGAGUCCGUUAAAUGGAAAUUGUGAGUAGUUUUUAUUUAUUUUUUUUGCUACCUUUGCGACGACCUCGCCGCGAAUCCGGCUAACAAAACCACUCAUUGCCAUAUGAUCGUUUUACUUUGACUGUUGUAACCCCUACCUAUUCAAAAAUAAGUUUUUUCAUAUACAAUUAGAUUUGCAAUUAGGUAUACAAGUGAAUAAGAGGAGUGGGUGGUAGAGGUUCAAACCUUUUCUGAAAAAUAAAUUCCUGUAAAUGGUUUUUUAAUUUGUAUUUUAAUUUAAAUAAAAAAACUGUUGUUGGUGGGAAGUUGAGAAGGUAGGAUGUAGAGGGGAAUUUAAUGUUUUUAUGUAUGCAACGAUUAAUCAUUGCCAACGAAAAUCUAUUCUAAGCGAAGUCCGGUUAUACAUGUUUUAAAAGGCCUGUUUGGUGGACGGUCCAACGAUUUUAUCCACAGAGUACCAACUUAUCGAAUAAAUAUUACGUAUAGAACUAUCAAAAUUAUAAUUGUCUAUUAAUAGCUCAAAUGUUUUGAAAAUUGUACUAAAAUAUAUAACAUGUAAUAAAUUAUUAUUUAUCUAUAGGUACUUAGUUUUGUUAAUUAAUUGUUACAAUUAAAUUGGAAAAUAUAAAUUAGAAAAUUGAUAAGAAACUGCACCAUUUUGCCACAAUUUUUUUUUCUACUAUCAAAAAUUAUCAACUUGUUUGGUCUUACCGACCAUGGUUGGGCUUAUACACACAGCGAAUAAAAAAUCAAAUUUGAUUUUUAUAACCUUCUCCCCUCCCUCCAUUCGAAACAAAAAAUAUCUAGUCUUCGUUUUUCAUGAAUAAUCGUAGUUGACAAAGACUUGUGACUAUUGAUUACUUAACUAUGCUCAGAAUGCUUGAUGCAUGGAAAAUACUAAAAUGAACCAAUUAUUAAAAAUCAGGCAAUGCCAAAUGCUACAAGACAAAACUGUAGGAUUUUUUUUAAUAUAUAGGUAAAACAAAAAUCAACCCAUUUACUACAUCUGAUUAUAUAUUUUCUAUUACCUUAUGUUACCUUUGAGUUUGUCAUUUUCAUUAAUCCAUAAUAUGGUUUUUUAGUAUUGUUUUUUCUUCCAAUACUUUUCUUCGCAAAAAUUGUUUUUCCCAAUGAUGUUUUUUCUGACAUUUGUAGAAAAAUUUUGAAAACAAUUUAAAGAAAUUCAAAAACUAUUUCAUAAGUAAAUACAAAUUAUUGUUCUCAAUUAAAACAGAAAAUAUUAUUGUAUAUUAAUUAAUUUACAUGGGAAAAGAUAAUUAAAUGUAUUAUCAUUAAAUUUGUUAUAUUUGGAAACAAUGUUUUUAUAUUUUUUCUUCUAAUUUCAGUAGUACCUACCAUAUUACACUUCCUUAAUUUUUCUCCUAGAUUCAGUUCCUGUAGUUUGUAUAUAGUAUCAGCUUGUUCUUUUCCAAGUUCUGCUAAAAAUGUAUAGAUGCUGGGAUUGUGAUCUCCUACAACCACAUAAAAUGAUUAUGCUGUCCUUCUGAUGAAUAAUUAUUCCUUACCAAUUUUUGUUCAGUAAAAAUCUUAAUUGGGAAAACUAUAAAUUGGGAAUAAAAGAUUUGGAAAAAGAAAAUUUUGAUUGUAAACAUUUUUAUUUUAAUAAAUAUCUUGAUUGGGAAAACUAUUGUUUAAGAACGAGUUUGCUAUUUAUAUUAUUUAGUUUAAGGUCCCCGAGGAAAAGUUAGCGUUUUAUUAUAUAAGAUUAUGUAGGUUUACCUACUAUUCAGUUUGUUGGGGUUUUUAAUUGUUUUUUAUUAUCUAGUUAAAUAGGUACCUAUUUCUUUGACUUUUUUUUUAAAUGAAUGUUUUAAAUUAAGAUUUCAUAUUGAAAGUUAUUUAAUAAAUAAUCAAUAUACCUAUGCACCCUACCAAUUAUUUAUAUUAUGUUGUAUUUUAUUAAUACAAUUUUUCUUGGCUUUAUUAUUAUUAUUAUUUUUUUUUUUUUUAGAUUUGGUCACAACACAGUUAUAUGCCAUGAAUAUAUUACCCAAGGAAUAAUGGAUCAAGCUAUAAAAUCAAUUGGUUAUAUGGAAGAAAUUGUAUUGUCCAUUACAGAUAAUGAUGAGUUUUUAAAAUCCAUUAGAAUAGCUCUUAAUCACAUCACAUUUUCAUUGAAAGGUCAUGUGAUGAAGUUAUGUUCACUUGAUACUGAGGUACAUAUGUGUAUAUAGGUAGUAGGUACCUAAUUCUUAGACAUAAUAUUAUUCUAAUGGCCAACAUAAAUAUUUUGGCUAGUAUUUUAUCAUCACUCAGACAAAUAUUGUGUUUGAUUUAUGAAUCAUAAAUGCUCCCCUAAAAGUUAACUGAAUUUCUAAUUUUAACGCAAUAUUAUAUUAUUGUUACCUAUUUUAUUUCACGUCAUUAUUUUUAGUUUUUUUUUCUUCAUAGAAUUUAGAUCGUUUUAUUAUGCUCAAUAAUAUGAAUAUUGUAAAUAAAUCUGGAUUGUUUGGUGUUCAAACAUUUUUCUUUUAUGAAUACGGUUUACCUUGUGCACAUAUUACAAAAGAUUGUGCCUUAAAAGCAAUAUCGAUAAAUGAGGCUGAACCAGAAUGGUACUACUUAUUAGCAAGAGUAUUGACCCAUUGGCAAAGGGUUUGUGGCAGUUCAAAUGAAUGUUCCGAACAGGAAUUUGAGGCAGCUAAAAUGGCUGUUAAACUUGGUAACAAGGAUCACCAUAAGCUGCAUUUAAUUCACAUAUAUGUAAGAAUGAGUAAGAAUGUAAGAACAAAUAAUAAUGACAAAGCCAAUUAUAUAAAAGAAGGAUUAAAAUUACUCAAGUUUGUUUAAUAAAUAACAUUUGUGUUGCUAUGUAUGGGAAAUGUUGAUUUCAUUUAAUUUGAUUUUACAUUUUCCAGAGAGGUAAUGAGUUCCAAUAACGACCUGCUACUAUUGAAAAGUUGUUUAAUCAGUUUAUCAAAAAUGUCUUGUGAUAAAUAUAAUAAUUUGAAUUCUUUUGAAGAUGUUCCUUCAAUCAUAAAAACACUUAUUAAUAAAUUAGAAAAAAGUAAUAAUGGUUAUGUUCACGGAGCUAUUGGAAACUACUAUUUAUUUAAUAAAAAAGUAAUUUGAACAAUGUAAAAUUAAUAUUUUAAAAUAUAUAAUAAUUAAUAAAUAGAGGUAUUCAAUAAAUAAUUGUGAUUUGUUUAAUUUGUAUUUCUAGGACUAUAAAAAGGCAAAUUAUCAUCUUAAAAAAGCAUUUGAUGCUAAAAACUUUGGUUCUUCAAUUGAUUACAUCUAUACAUUUUUUAAAAUGAAUCCUGAAACACCAAUAGUUGAACCAAUGUUAGUAGAUUUGUUAAAAGUAUUUCCUCAUCCUGUUCAUAGAGAGAAAAUUUUGAGCCUAAUUGUAUCUUAUCUUAUUUUAACCAAAGAUGAUAUUAUUCAAGCUCUUAAGUACAUCCCAGCAUUAUUGAAUAUUAAAAACCCUACAUGUGUAUAUAGUCUAAUGGUAAAUUGAAUCUACGAAAAAAAAAAAAUAACACAGUAAAUUAUGAUAUAAAAAGAACGUCUCAAGUAAAAAACGACGCGGUAUUAACCAGCAAGGUAAUAAAUGUCAAACUUAAAAAUCACAAACAUUAGGUUUAAGUCAAUAAAAUUAUCUAACAUAUAAAUAGGUAAAUAAUAAUAAUAAUAAUAUAGAUGGUUAAAAGGUAAAAGAGCAUAAGCAUCACUUUUUUCAAAUACCUUUUUUUUGUAAACAGUGAAAUUCUACAUUGAUUAAUCCAAACUAAACAUUGAUAUCACUUAUUUACUAUUAACAUGUAGUCGUAAACAUAAACAUUAUUAAGUAAAUUGUUACAGGACAUAAGCAUCAUUGUUGGCGAUUAUAUUCAAUAGAACAUCUUUGGUCUGUAAAUGUCAGGUAUAGAAACAAAAUUGGCUCUUAAGCCCCCUUUUUUUAUAGGUGUUGGCUAUAAUUAUAUUAUAAUUAUGAAUAAUUAAUCUACACUAAACGGAUAAAAAUCCAUUAUGUCUCUUAUUAUCCCGGAACGGUUUGUUAUUUGAUGUUCUAAGGUUGUAAUACAAUUUAUUUGAAAUAUUAUGUUUUUCUGCUUUCCUGAAAAAUUUGGUUUUUGGCGCUUACACCCUUUUACCUUCUAACCAUCGUUAUAAGUAUAGUGUACGCUAUAGCUAUUAAAAAAAUUGUGUAUUUAUUUUUAUCUACUUAAAUAUACAUCACAUACCUAAUGUUUUAAGUUUAUUCUAUAAUUCUGCAUGAGUGCUUUCGGAUUUCUGUACAUAUUUAAUAAUAUUAUAUUUACCACCCUCCUCUUAAAAUUAAAAAAAAAAUCCUGGGCUUGUCCUUGGAAUAUUUAACCAUAUGACGGAAUUUAUUUGAUCGGGGGUCAAUAGCUUGCAAUUAACUACUAAUAUUUGUGAUUUUUAAUUAAAAUACAUUUGAGAUUUUUUACCUGUCAUUUAUUUCUGUGUUAUUUUUCACCAAUUAUCUUGUUAAUUAAUACUUAUAUUGAUUUAUUUUAAGGUUUAAUUUUUAUUUAUUGUUUAUUUAGACGCACUCUGUAAAAUUUUCUGAUCAUUAUUAUAAGAAUAUAAAUUUAUUAGAUCUUCUGUCAGAAGAAUUAAAAAAAGCUUUAAAUGAUACAACAUUGACUUCAAUUAAUCAGAAAAGGGUUAUAGAAGUUCAGAACAAAUUAGAAAUGUUCAAUAAACACGUCGGGCAGUUGAUGAAAGAAAAAGAACACAUUUUUGGAAGUGGUUUUAGGAAGGUUACUAAAAAAAAUAAUACUAUAAUAAAUAAGCACCACACAAAUUUGCGAAAUGAAAAGUGGGCCCGCAAUAAUAAUCAAAAGGAUAUAACUCAUGUAAAAAAUUAUAUAAAAAAAGAAGAUAAUUGGAGGACUUUAAAGCCUGAUACAGAUCCUAAAUCUAAUAUUUUUUCACGUGUUGUCAAUAAACAGAUAUCAAAAAAUGAAAUGGAAGUAAAACCACAUAUUAAUGACACUAAAUGAACUUCCAAAUCAAAUUUAA